UUAGUACCUUGUCCAUGCCAUCCUUAUUUUAUGGUUAUUAUAAUUUAAAACGCUUUGUGUUCCAAUUUAGAACUAACCUGUUUCACCCAACGCAGCUGCAGGGCGAUGCUCAUGUUCGCCAACAGGUGGCAGUAGCGGGUUUUAGCAUGAUUGGUGCGGUAAUUCUUGUCUAAAAGCAAGCAAGUUAGACCAGCGGCACACAGACAGUUAACUUGUGACGCAGUUGUUAAUAGACUGUCUAGGUGUGUUCACAGGCAAUAAAAGCAUCUGAAAUACUGAAUAGCAACUGUCAUCCUUCCGUGUGUAACACUGUAAUACCCAUUUUGGCCACAAGAGGCUGACGUGAACCAUUCCAGGCGAAAUAUUCAGACAAUGGCUCCAGAGUUCCUCGUCGCUCUGUCGGACGUGGUGUGUGCGUUCGGGGAGACUGUGGUCCUCUGCUGUAAAGUGUGUGGACGACCCAAACCCUCCGUCACCCUGAAGGGCCCCGACCAGAACCCCGUGACCAGCAACAACCGCUUCACCAUCGACAUCAGGGACACAGGCGACAUCUUGUUGAAGAUCUGCAAUCUGAUGCCUCAGGACACCGGCAUCUACACCUGCGUAGCCGUUAACGACCACGGCUCCGCCUCCUCCUCCGCCUCCAUUAAAGUGCAAGGCUGGAGGAUGGUCGUUUACUCGAUUACCUCGUCGCCCACGAUGAGCUGAUGGAGGAGAAGGUGGCGUUCUUCAUCAGAGAGACACUCGAGGCCCUGCAGCACCUUCAUACCUGCAGAGUGGUUCACCUGGAUCUGAAGCCUGAGAACAUCAUGGUGGACCUCCACUCUCCCACCCCGGGCAUCAAGCUCAUCGACCUCGGCGACGCCGUGCAGCUGUCCGCCCACCGCCGGUACGUCCACCUCCUGCUCGGGAACCCGGAGUUCGCCGCGCCCGAGCUCAUCCGCGGGACGCCGGUCUCCGUCGCCACGGACGUGUGGAGCGUCGGCGUGCUGGCCUACGUGGCGCUCAGCGGCGUGUCCCCGUUCCUGGACGAGUCGCCGGAGGAGACCUGCGUCAACAUCUGCCGCCUGGACUUCUGCUUCCCGGACGAGUACUUCCGCGACGUGAGCCAGGUGGCGAGGGACUUCGUGUCCUCGGCGCUGCAGCAGGAUCCCAGGAAGAGGCCGAGCGCUACUUCCUGCCUGCAGCACCCGUGGGUGGGCCGCGGGGGUGCGCACGGCGGGGAGUACUCCAAGACGCCGCUGGACACGACGCGAUUGGCCACAUUUAUUGACCGACGGAGACAGCUGCAUGACGUGCGGCCCGUCACUAACAUCAAAGGGCUGGUGAGCAGCAGCUUGGGCAACACGCUGUGACGGACAGGAGCUCCGAGUGUCACCCACAACAACACUGCUGUGUAUUAUAAGCAUUUAAUGAUCUUUAGUAUUUAUUAAUGUGUGAGUGGGGAAGGGAUCUACGUCUUCAUAAAGGACCACGAGGCCACUCUGUCGACCACUAAACUUAAAAGCAGAAGAAAUAAUUAAAAUUCAUGAUUGUUUGAUAUUUAAUUGCAGACUAACACAUUCAUUUGAUCUUUUGUUCCCCCGGUAACAACCAUUAGACGUGAAGCAGGGCCCCAUAAGCAGCCUAGAACCCCCAUGAGAACCCAAAGAACCUCAAAGUUGAGGAAAUUAGCAUUUAGAAAAACACACUGUGAGCGGGCUUAAUGUCAACAUAUUAGUUUAUAUUUGUAAUGUUUAUUUUUUCAGGGACAGAUGUUAUAUUGGAGGCAGGAGACCAUUGUGUUAAAGGGGGGGUAGUUUAAUUCGGCCUGUUGCUCAGGGGCUCUGGGGCAACUGUCCCACGCUCUGCUAACAUGUUGUAGCCAACGCGUCUGAACAUAUUUUUAAAAAAAAAGCUUUUCGUGACACUUUGAGCCCACAGGAGUACAAAAAUGGUAAAAUCGCUAAAAGCAAAACCGCCAACGAUGUCUUCGAUCUGAUUUUGUGUCACGAGAAACUCCCACGGAGGAUUUAAAGCUGCAGUGUGCAGGUCAUGGCGCCAUCUAGAGGCGAGGUCGCAGAUUGUAACCAACUGAAAGCGGGCGUGUCGGAGAACUACCGUGGCAUGCUAAAGUUUGGUUUGGCCUUUCUGGGCUUCCGUAGAAAAAACACAGCGGACUUAGUGGUCUUUUAUGCAGAUAUAUAUAUUUUUAAAAAAAGGCUUUUUCUCUGGUAACAAAUGCAUAACAAUUGGUAGUUUCAGGUGAUUAUACACAUGAGUAAACAUACUUAUAUCUAUAUUCUAUUUCUGCAAACGGAUAAACAUAAAUGCAACAAAAUGUUCCUUUUUAAUGAGUCUAAACUGGUUGAAAAGGAAUCUGAUGGAGUUGGUAAAUGGCGGCUUAGUUGGGGUUCUUUUCCUGAGGUCGAUGUUUCGCUAAAGAUCGCUUUGACUUUUUUUUUGUUGAGAAAACUUCACGAAUGAAAUCCGGGUGCAACGAGCAGGUUUUCCCCUCGAUGGCGUGGAUGUUACUCGUAUCGAUGCUCAUGAAUGUUCUUACGGUCCACAUCUCCGCUAACGUUCAUUCUACGUUCUCCUCGUUUGUCCAAGUCUCUCGUUGGAAAUCCUCUCAACAAAAGUAAUUAUUUAAUAAAGAUUUAAGCAUAACGGAACCCCCCCUCCCCCACGCAUGUUAACAACUGUGGCUGUGAUUUUAAACCACCAACACUGGAAAGCUCCUUGGAAAAGACUGGUACGCAACAGCGUCGAACCUCGCUGCGAUAUACGUUUUUUAAAAUGUAUUUAUUAUCAUAUGUUUAUUUAUUUCAGGACUUGUGUUGGGUUUGAAAUGUUCGCCGUUUGCCCCGGAGCGACCCGGCCUACCCGCUGAAGUCGCUAAACAGCUGCUGGACUGUGCAGCGGCGGAGUUUACGCCGUGAAUAGUGUUGUGAGUUUACAUCCAAGUCACUGACGGAUAGAAAGCUGAACUGUUGCCGUCAUGAACCACAACGAACUGCAGUUGAGUGGGAAAAGACACAAAGAAAUCACGGAUUAACCUCGGAGAGCAAGACGAUGGACUACACGGGAACACUACAAUUUGAUUGUUUCACUGUUUACAAAAAACAUCAACUAAAAAAAGGUUAGGUAGUUUACAAAAAUAUGUAGAAUAAUCAGGGAAUAGGGUUAGAAAUCAGGUGAGAAAUCUUGUUUUCUUGAACCGAACCUGUUGAGAAUUCUCCGUUUUCCGUUUGUACAUUUUGUCUACCAGCCACUGUGUCGAGUAACCGAUCAGAGUGUUCGGGUUCAUUGAUCUUGUAAAAUAGUUAAUGCGGCUGUUGAAUCGGCCUCUGAUUUAGACGGAAGAGUCCGUUUACUUGUCUUGUUUCUACUGAUGAAUGUACAAAAAAAAGAAAAAGAAAUGUAGAAUGUGUUCUGCCGUCACAAGUGCUGUCCUCUGCUUUCACCAAAAUGCUUUCACAAUGCCCCCUUUCUGGACAUUUUGCACCCCCACC